CUUUUCAUUCGCAUCUGAGCCGCGCUGCCGUCCACAUCGUCCGAUCUGCCACUCUCCCGCUACCCCAGGUGGCACGCGUGUGUAAAUUGUGAAAUAUACAAAGAAAUAAUAAUAAUAAAUUAGGAAAAAAGCCUACAGAAAUAUAUUCAUUGUGUGGUGCUGCUAUAAAUAGAACAAAUCAAAUUGAAAUCCAAACAAAAACUAAACGGUGUUCCACACAAAGUGAAAAGUUGCCCCUAAAUUAAAGAGCCCCAUAAUGCCAAUCAAAGAUAUACUGCAGCGGUGCAGGCCCAUACCCCUGUAUGUGGUGCUGGUGCUAUCGAUCUGCUACUUUGUGCUCCAGCUGGCUCUCAGCCACAUAACGCACGCUCUGACACUGCUCAUGGCAUCGUAUCACAUGUUGUGCAACAUAUUCGCACUGGGCGGCUGCAUCAUAACAAUUAAGCACAGCAAAAAGAAUCAGGAGGAGCCUGCGACUCCGGCCAAGCUCAAUGGCACCAACGGUGGUGUCGUGGUGCAGCUCGGCGAGACGGAGGACCAGAAGGAGGCCAGGCGGGAGUGCAGGGAGCAGAAGCUGCGCAACACCUUCGGCUGGGCACGCAUCGACAUACUCACCAUGCUGAUAGUGUUCAUCAUUCUGGCCUCGCUCUCCUUCUCGCUGGUGGUGGAGGCUCUGCAGACGCUGGUGCACAUCGACCAUCAGGACACAAUGCACCUGCCCAUACCCGUGAUGAUGCUGGGCUUUGUGGGUCUCAUACUGAAUGGUUUGACGUAUCUGCUCAUCGGUGGCUACACGCUGCAUCAGGGCAGCUUCCUCCACUUGACGCCCGGCGGCAAUGUCGUCCUCGAGCGCUCCAUGUCCAGCAACAUGGAUUUGUCGCUAAAGCCCAUGCAGCGGCAGUUGAGCAAGUCGCGUAACGAUCGCCAGCUACGCGAGGAACUGGAGACGGAGGUGGGCAGUGUCUACUUUGCCACGAGGCGGCAGGGCGCCGUCGAGAUGUUGCGUGAUGUGUCCAGCACCAUUUUUGUGAUUGUCUGUGCGGCCAUUGUCUAUGUGGCUGAGGAUGAGCAGCAUACGGCCAAGUUUAUUGAUCCAGUGCUGUCCAUUUUCUCGUGCAUCCUUCUGAUUUCGCUCAGUUAUCCCUACAUGAAAGAAUCCUGCCUUAUUUUGCUGCAGACCAUUCCUGGCUCCAUCGAUCUGGAGAUUUUUGAGCGCACGUUGGUCACGAAGUUCCCGGAGAUCGUCAGCUAUCAUGAUCUGCACAUUUGGCAGCUGGCGGCCCAUCGCUAUGUGGCCACCAUACACAUCCAGUUCCAGAAUCCCAAGCUCUACCUGAAGAUCAUCGAGCAGGUGCGCACGUACUUCCAUGAUCAGGGCAUCGGCGCCGUCACCAUCCAGCCAGAGUUCUAUCCGUCCACCAAUAAGAAUGCCUCCGCCUCGCUGGAGUGCCUGAUGCAGUGCCAGGCGGCAGAGUGCAUCGAGAAGGUGUGCUGUCGGGAUUCACGCACGGAUCUGCGUGAGGUUAGCGACAGUCCGGAUGGUGGCAAGUCCAAGUCUUCGCCUUGCCAUGGUCAUGGGCAUGGCAAAAGCAAGUCCGACUUGAGUGCGGUCGUGGUGGAGAAGCCCAAAGAACUGAAUGCAGCACAACUGAUGAAGGUACAGGCGACAGAUGAAGUCAAGACAAAGUCGCAGGUGGAACCGGCAACAACAGAACAAAAAGCGGCCACAGAAGACAGUCCGUCACCGUCUCCGCCUGCGCCUGCAGCUGCGAGUAGCGACGAAAAGUGCCAAGAGCCUUCCACCCAAUAGUUUUAACAUUAGUUCAAGCUUUAUGGACGAUUU